AAUUUCUCAAACAUGUGAUUCUGCCAAAAUCAUUCAUUAUGGUGUGUGGGUCUCUUAGCCAAAGCCCACACGAGGAAAGAUGAAGACAGAGUAAAAGCUCAAACAUUUAGUUUCUUCCCCUUUUCUGAUUACAAAGCCGAUUAAAAAAGCCUUCCCUUUCUCUCUCUCUCUCUCUCUCUGCUGUGAAAUUCAAAAUUCGAGCAUUCGAAAAUCCAGCUCCAAAAUCGUUGAUUAGCUGCGACUCAAAGGAGCGAACUUUUUCCCGAUUUCACGAAAUCGACCACCCCUGAGUCAAUCUUGUUAUCUGGGACACUCUUUCGUUUUUUUCCUUUGGGGGGCAAUCAUUUUGUUGGCGGUAUGGGAAGUAAAAGAGAAGAAGAGCGGAACGAGAAGAUUAUUCGUGGUCUUAUGAAGCUUCCACCGAAUCGUCGUUGUAUCAACUGCAAUAGCCUUGGUCCUCAAUAUGUUUGCACGACUUUCUGGACCUUCGUAUGCAUGGCUUGUAGCGGGAUUCAUCGUGAAUUUACCCAUCGUGUGAAGUCUGUAUCAAUGUCAAAGUUUACAUCUCAAGAAGUUGAAGUACUCCAAAAUGGUGGUAAUCAGCGUGCACGAGAAAUAUAUUUGAAAAACUGGGACCAUCAACGGCAGAGACUUCCGGACAACAGUAAUGCUGAAAGAGUCCGCGAGUUUAUCAAAAAUGUGUAUGUGCAAAAGAAAUAUGCAGGAGCAAAUGUUACGGACAAGCCUCCUAAUGAUAGCCAGAACCAUGGAAGUUCUGAAGAUGUGACUCGACGGGCCAACUCGUAUCAUUCUUACUCCCAAAGCCCUCCUUACGACUAUCAGUACGAAGAGCGCCGUUACGGAAAAGUACCCUUGGGAUUUACUGGCAAGUCUGCUUCAGUAAAAGGUCUUCAUUCAAAAGCCUCUAGUUUUGUAUACAGCCCUGGACGGUUUAGUGAUCAUAUGUUUGAUGACCACUUCGCAAAUGAGGGCUCUGCUCCAAGGGCUUCAGAUUUUUCUGUGUCAAGUGGAGGAGAUCCUUUCAGGUCGGAAAUACAGUCCCCAAAUUUCCAGCAAGAAGGUGGAUUUCGUAGUCCCCAGUUUCACCAUUCAAAUGCCCCUCCAAGUGAAAACUUAUUUCCAGGCAGGCAACAUCAGAGAACUACGUCUUCUGGGAGUGUCAGAUCAGUUGACAGUAAUUCCAUGUCUCUCAAGUCAUAUACCUCGAGUGGUUUAGGUGAAGGCGCAUCUGGACUUGGUCAAAAUACAGGAAGCCAGCAAGAUAAAACAUCUACUCCCGUUCAUUCAGUAGCAGUGUCGACAAAGGCUCCUAUUGAUUUGUUUCAGUUGCCAGGAGCGCCAGUGGCUCAAGCAGUCAAUAUGUUUCAACCUUCAGUAGGAGCCGGAUCUCCACCUGUGAAUUUUCGUCAGCCUCCUCUGUCAUACUCAUCCACCCCGACACACUUGCUUGCUGGAAUUCAGCAACACACUUCAAUACCACCAGACUUGUCUGCGCCUAAGAACGAAGGAUGGGCUUCUUUUGACAAUCCAAUGCCUGCUGCAGAAUCUACAAACAUUAGCACCUCCUCUGGAGUUCCCGAGUUGGAAGUGAAAAAUGAAGGAAUCCCACAGCCUAGCACAAGCAUGCAAUGGCCACCUUAUCCAUCAAUUGUGGAGCAGCAUGCUUUGUCGCUAUCAAGUCCGUGGCAGGAUGUUCUAAAAAAUGUUGCCGAUAAUCCGCAGCCGUGGAAUGCCUUUCCCGACUCUAUUGAGGCCAAUCCCUUGGACAGCGCUAAGCAUAUUCACCAAGAUAAAGCAAGUAUAUCGUCAUCUCACAUUGAUCAACAGCAGUUAGAACCACAACUUGUAGAGGAAUUAAGACAUGAUGACACCCAGACAGCCUCAAUACCUGCUGGCUCUUCUGGUUUUGGUUUUCCUGGGAAUAUUGUCAUGGCACCUGCUUACUCCCCUCAUCUGGUUCCAGAAGAAGCGUGGCAGCAUAUAAACGAUCAAAAGUCAGCCAAUCCAUUUGAUCUCCCUUAUGAUUCCGAGUAUGACUCAAAUGACGUGUUCUUGGACAUGAGUUCUUUACAAGGGGCACUGCACGAUAUCCAGACACCAGAAAUCUUCCUUGAUGGUGUAUCACAACCGUGGCUCGCUGCAGAUUCUGUACCCUCGUAUCUACCUGCUCCAGCAGGCGCACAAGGGGGCUUAGCAUGCAUGGCAGAGCAAGCAUCAGCGUCUCAAGUACAGAAUUCAGCAGCACAAGGCCCUGUUGCAUCUACUGGAGGCAACCCAUUUGCUUAGAUACUCCUCGAUCUGCAUCAUCUUCUUAUUCAUCUUCAAUGCAUUCUAUUUGUUUUUUUUUAAAGAAGAAACCACUAGUAUUUGUGCAAUGUGUUUAUUUCUUUGUUCGAAACCAACAUCAGCUGUAUGUACGUUUGAUUUUUGAGUGUAUUUGCAAGUGGACA